GUCGACUGGUACUGGUUUCAAGAACUCGACACAGGUCGCAUGCAUUCUGUUGAUGCUAUUUAUCUUGCAACUAACAACCUCCCGCGGUCGCAACGGUUCAAGCCGGAGAAUGGGAACGUCUUUGGCGUGAUCCCUGGGCCGCAUGAACAUAUGGGUUACGUAUGGCAAAAAAAAAUGGUCGUGGGAAUGCGAGCGUUCAAUUCUUUGGUCACGGCGUCGAUGCGCCUGGACAAACACACCAGCGACGGAUCAUUUUUAUACCAGCUCUCAUACCAAGAUAUGUCUUGGACUGGUACAAUAUACUUUGUGAUAUUUCUUUGAAUCGAUCGUAAAUCAUGAUCGAUCUAUAUGUUUCGUCAAGUCCGCUCAAACUUGGAUUGCCUCUCAACUUUUGCCAUGCGUCGCUCCUCAUCUGAGUUGGCCUCGAACUUGAAAUACCAGCCCGCAUCUAUUUGGACUCUCUGCGACCAAGACAGUACCCAGCAGGCCUUAUCACAAGACAAAUUCGGUUCUAUGCUAUUCCGGCAUAACAAGUCAUUUGUUAGCUCGCACUGACCUCUAUAAAUGCCAAUAUCUUGGAGAAUGUUGAUCGACUAAUAGAGAUUAUUUUUGAGGAAAAAGAAAGACCAUCGAAAUAAUGGUUUGAACCGCCAAUCGAUGGACCUAGCAAACAAGCUGAGCCUUUAGCCCGAAAUUAUAACAC